AUGAACUACACUGAGGACGCCCUGCUGCAAUAUCCUGACUGGAGAGGGCAGCCAUUCCUGCGGGAAGAAGUGGCCCAGUUCCUGACCUACUACUGCAAGUCACCUGCCCGCCUUGAUCCAGAAAACGUGAGUCAGUUUCCCAGCCUUGCUGCCUCCGUGGGAGAGGGCUGUAAUGUUGGGGACUCUGCAUUUUCUAGACGAGACUCUGGACUGACGGCGUUGUCUCCCUGUGCUUCCAGAGGCCCUUCUGUCCCCCACCCCUUCUAUGGUGGCUUCGUCUUGAGCUCCCGCCUGUAUUCGAAAGUUGAGCUGAUUCCUGUUCACCUGGACAGUGAGAUCACUGAUGGGAACACUCAUCCAUUCCAGCUCACUGUGGACAAGCUGGAGCAAGCCCUGCUUGAGGCUAGGCUGAAGGGGAAAAAGGUCAGAGGCCUCGUGCUAACCAACCCUCAGAAUCCUCUAGGAGACGUCUACUCCCGGCGCUCACUGAAGAAAUACCUGAAAUUUGCCAAGAGGUACAACCUACAUGUGAUUAUAGAUGAGAUUUACAUGCUGUCUGUGUUUGAUGAAUCCAUCACCUUCCACAGGGUUCUGAGCAUGGAAAGUUUGCCUGACCCCAACAGGACCCAUGUGAUCUGGGGCACCCGUAAGGAUUUCGGCAUCUCUGGCUUCCGCUUGGGCGCUGUGUACACCCACAACUAGGAGAUGGCCUCUGCCAUGAGCUGUUUUGGCUACCUCCAUGGCAUCUCUGGGAUCACCCAGCACAAGCUCUGUCGGCUGCUCCAGGACAGAGAAUGGAGUGACAAAGUAUACCUGCCCACUAAUCGCUCCCGGCUGCAGGCAGCUCACAGGUACAUCACUAACAAGUUGAAGGCAUUGAAGAUUCCCUUUCUCAAUCGUGGCUCCGGCCUCUAUGUCUGGAUCAACUUGAAAAAGUACUUGGACCCGUGUACAUUUGAGGAAGAGCUGCUCCAUCGCCGUUUCCUGGACAACAAGCUGAUAUUGUCCCGUGGCAAGACCUACCUCUGUAAGGAGCCUGGCUGGUUCUGUCUCGUCUUUGCAGAUAAGCCCCUCCGGCUAAAACUCGGUGAGUGGCCGCACGGAGGCGUCCUCCGGCCGCGGCCGCGAGGGGACGACCUGCGCCCCAACAGUCCAGGAAGCCCCGUGGUCCCCGAGACCGGGUGCCCUGGGGCCGGGUCCCCGCGCGUAAAGCGUGUGCGGGCGAAGGAAGCGGACGCACGUGCCAGCGCCGGUCCCCGCGAGCUCGGCCAACCCUUUGCCCCACUCACACUUCCUCCUCCUGGACACCGGGAGCGCCUCUCGCGAGCCGCCCGCCGCCGUGCAGAGGCCCUUUCGCUUUUUAUCCCCCGGAUCCGCCCCGCUGCGGGAUUCCCAGGCCUGAUCGGGCGCGGGUGUCCGGCUGGGGACGCGUCGCCGCCCGGCUGCACGCCCCGAGCCCGCCCUUCGCUCGGGGGCGGCGCUGAGCCGAGCCCCGCCGUCCCCCAGGCCCCCGGGCCCCGGGCUGCGCCUCCCACCCCGGCCUCCGCCCGCGCUGCCCGUCGCAGGCCUGGGCUGUCGGGAGCGACGGAGGUGAGCGCUCGGAAGAGCCCAGCCGAGCCUGGGAGGACCCCAGAGAAGACUUCGUGGACCACAAUUUAA